AUGUCCGACGAUGAAGAAGAAAUUGGUGAAGAAGAGAAUGAGAACAAUUUAGGAACAUAUGAAGGUGAUCGUAAUGAAUUAAAUGAACGUCAUGGUUUUGGAAAAGCUACAUUACCUAAUGGAGAUACAUUUGAAGGUCAAUAUGAAAAUGGAAAACGAAGCGGCACUGGAACUUAUCGAUUCACAAAUACUGCACGUUAUAUUGGUGAAUAUCAGAAAAAUAAACGCCAUGGUAAAGGUAUAUUCUACUAUCCAGACGGUUCAAAGUAUGAUGGUGAUUGGAAUGAAAAUAUUCGUGAAGGUCAAGGUACAUAUACAUAUCCAAAUAAUGAUACUUAUGAAGGUGAAUGGAAAAAUCAUCAAAGGCAUGGAAAAGGAACAUAUACUUAUGCAGCAACAAAAGCACAAUAUGUCGGAACAUGGAAGGAGGGUAAACGACAAGGUCCCGGCCAACUGCACUUUAAUCAAUAUCGAUAUGUUGGUAAAUUUAAUGAUAAUUAUCCAAAAGGUAAAGGUAGAUUCGUAUUUAAAAAUGGAUAUCAACAAAAUGGAGACUAUCAUAUAACAUCAAUUGCCGAUGAAGAAGAUUCUGAAGCUCCACCACAAAUACAAUAUAAAUGGAUUGCACGUAAUGUAACUGCAACACAACAAGAUGAACCAUACGAUCAAGAUGAUGAACGAACUGAAAGUCGAACACAAGAUCAAGAUGGCCAUCAUAAAACCCAUGGUGCUGCUGAUGGUGAUAAUCCUGAUGAAUUUAAUGCAGAAGGUGGUGAAGGAGCAGAUGGAAACGAAGAUGAUGAAAAUCAACAAGCGAAUGAUGAUAUUCCGGGCGAAGAGCAAUUUGAUGAAGAAGGAUGA